UUACAGCGGAGGAUUGGAGAAGAUUGAAAAGAAAAAAACAACACAGAGCUUCCUCUACUGUUCUAUACAUCCUACCUUUCUUCUCUAGGUUAAACCACUUACUCACCCUCUCACCCUCUCCCUCUCCCCUCUCUCUCUCUCUCUCUCUCUCUCUCACACUCCCUUUCACACUGUAUCUGUCUUUUCAUCACGUUUACAGGCGGUAGCCAAGAAAACAUUUGGGUGCAACAAUUUCCGAUCUGCACUGGAGAACGGUCUCUCUCUCUCUCUCUCUCUCCCUCUAUAAAUAUAUCUUGCUGUCGCUCUUUCAAGCCUCCCAUUCAUUCAGGACCCUCUCUCCUAUCUCCAGAGCUCUACUUCUUCCUCAGUCUAUCUGUCUCUCCGUAGGACAACAUCAACGUCUUCCUUCCUUUGGGAAGCACGGACUAAAGGAGGCACAGCUCUUUCACGCAGGAGACCUCCAAGACACAUCCACUAAAGCCACUGUCAAGUGCUGAUCUCCAUAUACUGGCUGGGUAGGAAGGCACAAAGCGAAACUUUCUAUAAUAGACCUAACCUAAACCUCAAGGCCUUCGAACGACUACUGGGCAUAGCAGCAAUAUCCAAGGUUGUGGGAGUGACGCGGAGGUGGACUCAGUCUUCAGGAUGGCGGCGGACAGUAACAAGGAUUCGCUGCACUACCGCCGCUCGUUGGUCAUCGCACCCAAAACGACCACACAGUUCAACCAGUUCCUGCCCACCAAGGACAAGCCGGCGGCCUACGUGCCAGCACCUCUCCGCAAGAAGCGGGCCGAGCGCCACGAGGACAGCCGCCGAAGCUGGGCCAGCCCCAAGUACACUGAGGAGGAUGGCACCUUCACCAGACUGCUCCAAAAGUAUGACGUUGCUAGCGAUGGGAGCAAAUCAAUGACAGACCUUGCGGUGGACCAGGAUGCCCUGAAGCAGGUGCGCUACGAGGAGCUACAGAAGAUCAGAGAGCAGGUCAAGGAGAACGAAGACCAGUGGCAGGAUGAUCUCACCAAGUGGAAAAACCGUCGCAAGAGCUUCAACUCUGAUAUUGUGAAGAAGAAAGAGGAGAGGGAGCAGACCACAGCGAGCAGCGGAAUAGGGAGCCGCGGUUUCCAGAAUUCCAAUUGGAGCUCCAUCGGCAGUCGCCUCAACUCCCUCGCCUCUCUGGACCAGGACGUGUUUGAAGACUCCGCCCCGGUCCUCCGCACCCUCCCUCCGAGGAGCUACACUUUCGACAACCCCUACACCCCUCUUGACCGCCUCAGACCCACUAGCUCCUCCGUGCUCCCCCCAAGGGAGGAGGCGUGCGCUGCCACCACGGCAACCAACAGGGCUGUCUCGCCUUCUAGGGGCAACAUGAGUGACAGUAUCGACAGUCCCUUCGGUUCUGGUAGCGAAAUCACUACCACUGUGGGUCGCACCUCCAACUACAACCCCUACGUUCCAGCCCCGAAUCCUUCAGAGAGAGCCCCAAGCCUGGCCUCAUGGUACACCAGUGCAGCCAAGACGGAGGAGACCUUCAGCACCACCACCACCCCCAGCCUACUACCCAAAGCUCAUGAGCCCAGUCGCCCAUGGGUGGGGAAGGUGUCUGAAGAAGUGACCCCAUCCACUGCUGGUGGCUCUCUGUAUAUACAACAGCCACAGUACAACUCGGUGGUGAUGGACCCACAGCCCAUGCCUCCUGGUGUGUCUCGGGUUUCUGCCUCUCUCCCCAGGAGCUACAUGAGAUCGGACAGCGCUCGGCUCAACUCUGUCGUCAUGCCAAGGCCCUUCGGGAGCCAGUCUACAAGCGUCGCAUCACUGCCACCCGCCUACACCGCUCCUCUGAUGGCUGACUCUCAGAAAAGUGUGAACGGAGAGACAGAUUUCAUCAAGAAGCUGUCGGCCCCCAGCCGCUAUAUCCAGGUCAUGACCUCUGAGGAUAAGGCGCACUCCCUCUCCAGCUCUGCCCACAGCAGUGGAGAAGAAGAAGAAGACGGAAAAAAAAGGGGUGUGACCCCCACACUUGCCACAACACUUGUCCCUACCCUGGCCCCUUCUCCUGUCCCUUCUCAGGCCAGGAGUCCUUCACCCGCCCUCCAGACCCCAAAAGUGGCGUACACAGCCCCAGUCAGUCCGUUACCUACAAAAGACACUAACCAGGAGAGCUACGCUGACAUGCGGAUCAGUCUCAACCAGAAGCCCAACAGCAGUCGAGACUUUGGCUUCCAGACAGAGUGGGACUCCACUGGAGCACACGUCACCUCCAUCCAACCAGGCAGCCCAGCCGAGCUGUGCCAACUGCAGGUGGGCGACGAGGUGAUGUCGGUGAGCGGGCAAAGGGUGGCAGAGAUGAGCUACGGCAAGUGGAAGAGCAGCACAGAGCAAGCUCUGCAGCAGGGACGCCUUACCAUGGACAUACGCCGUCACGGCAGGAACAACUGGGACAGAGACCUACCUUCCCUGCCAUUUAAAAGCCAUAAGACCAUCAAUCUGACCAGUAUGGAUCAUCAUCCAACAGUUAUAGGUUUCCCCGACACAACCACCGUUAACGCAACCACCAGCUUGGAUUUCACCUCUCGGGGAUCCAUGGAAACCACCAAGAAGGUCACUACCCAACCAAUCAUUGGUGUAGCAUCCAAUGGAGUGAAUGGAGGCUUCCGUGACGAGACAGUGACCGUGAGAAACAAAGAACCCAUAUCCAUGAAAAAUUUUAAACGGAGGUCAGAGUUUUUUGAACAAGGAGGAUCAGAGUCAGCAAAAUCAGAUAUGCCCGUUGCCUCCAUCGCUCCCUCCUCUAACCGCUUGUCCUGUGACCCGGAGGAGGAGCGCAGGAGGCAGGAGAAAUGGCAGAAGGAGCAGGAGAGACUCCUACAGGAGAAAUACCGUCGUGACCAGGAGAAACUGGAGGAGGAGUGGCGUCGGGCCCAGCAGGAGGCUGUGACAGAAGGGGGAAGACACCACCAAGAGGAGCCGAGGGGCCUGGAGAUGGACAGCAGGAGUAUCAGCCCCCUCUCCCCCCUCCGCCAGCCUACCAUGCCCUGGGAGGACAAGGAAGCCCAAGAGGAGGAAAGGGGGAGGAGGGUAGAGGAGGAAGCACAGAGAAGACAGGAGGAGGAAGAGAGGAGGAGAGUGGAGGAGGAGCGGCAACAGUGGGAGGAGGGGAGGAGGACGGAGGAGAAGGAGCAAGAGCUGCUGCGUCUUCAGGAGGAGAGGCAGAGGGAGAAGCAGGAGGAUGAGGAGAGGAGACAGAGGGAAAAGGAGGAGCUGAGAUGGCAGAGGAGAAAGGAGGAGGAGAGGGAGGAGAGGAGGUACCAGGAGGCUGCUAAACAACAACACAGGGAGAAAGAGAAAAUGCAGGAGCAGCAGCAGCAAUGGGCAAAGUCGAAAUCUACUCCAGAGCUGGACGACGUGGAGAAAACUAAAGGCUGGUACGGCAGCUCGGGGGGCAUGGCCCAGAGGUUACUGGAGGAGGAGUUGAGACGUAAAGCAGACAAAAAGGCCCAGAGUCUCCGGGCUGCAUCAGAACUGGAGUUGGAGAGGAGAAACAUCCUAAACGCCAUGAGAUACAGAGAGCCAGAAAGAGUGACUAGCAGCUGUGGGAUAGGCGAAGGAUUGGGGAGGAAGGGCCAGCAGAGCGUACCCCAGGCGGAGCUGGAGAGGCAGCAGAUCCUGCAGGAGAUGAAGAAGAAGACCAACCUGGCCACAGACAACAGCUGGAUCCGCCAACGCUCCACCAGCACCACCAACAGCAAGGACCCCACUGUCAGCCCCAUCAGGAGAGGCGAGUCUCUGGACAACCUGGACACCGCGCCCCGUUCUUCCUGGCGCUCGUCAUGGACACCGGGAAGCACCUCGUCCAUCCCCAACUACAGCCGGCCUCAUUUAGCCCUUUCUGGCCUCAAAACUACAUCCUCCUAUAGUGGUGUUGCCUACGGUGGUGGUGGCUAUGGCAGCGGGGUCGGAAGUCGUCCUGGCUUAGCCACCCUGCCCUCCUCCCUCUCCAUGAGCUCCCUCAGAGAGGCCAGGGGGUGUAACCUAUCUUCCUGGUCCCUGCGCUCACCCUCGCCAUCCCCCACCCCUUCUCUUGGCCCCGAACCCGAGUCACGCCCAUCCUCACAGCAACGCAGCAGGUCAGUGAGUGGCAAGAAAGUCUGUACGUUCUGUGACACGGUGCUGGGCAAGGGAGCCGCCAUGAUCAUCGAGUCCCUGGGACUCUGCUAUCAUUUGACCUGUUUCAAGUGUAUCGACUGUAAGUCUGACCUCGGAGGAUCGGAGGCCGGAGCUGAGGUCAGAAUACGUAACCGACAGCUCUACUGUAACUCCUGCUACAUGCGAUUCAAAACUGGACAGCCAACGUCCAUGUGACAACGCUGUACUAGAGUAGAUAAAGGACUACUUGACAACAACCCAUGAACACUGCAACCAGCUGUAACUUCAGAUGUAUUAAUGUGGUUUUGUGAUUUGACAAAAAGCCCUGAUUCUUCAAUUAACAACUAUCUUAUUCUUUAUUUCUACUGUACGCUUGAAAGGGUUAGAUUGACCAAAAAAAGAGAACAUUUUGAUAUCAACGUAUUAUUUUUAUCAGUUGCUUGUAUAAAGUAGUAGGGAUGUGCAUGCGCCUGCGAGUUUUAGACUUUUAGCUGAAAAUAGCAACCCUUAACGAAACAAUACUGGAAAUUGAUUUUGGUCUUGUUCAUGAGAUUAUUGAUCCUGAUUACUUCAUACUUCAGAGAUGUAAGAGUUUUCAUGUUAGGCUGGGGGAAGUCUGCGAUUUAUUCUCCUUUUCGCCUACAAAUCUUUUGGUUACAACAAGUUUGUUGUUGACUAAGGUUUGUUGUUGACUCUUUAUUUUUAUCGAUGUGCCUUUUUGGUUUGUUAUGGGGGAGAUUAUUUAAAUAAAAUGUAUUGAAAAUAUA